AUGGCAACAACCAACCCUGAAGAUAAGUUGGAGGAACUGGCGGUGAUGGUGAAAUCUAUGAUGCGGUCUCAAGUGGCUAGAGACCUGAAGAUUGAUAAAGAUUUUUCCCGCCAGGAGCAGAAGUGGAAAAGCAUACAGCAUCAAUUCCAACAAAUGCAGCUUCAAGUGCAUGCUGUACUUGGAAAAUCUGAUGUAUCAGAAGCACAUCUUCAACCCACGACAUCUGAAGCACCUACAGAAGAAUCAGAUGGUGGUGAUGUCCAGCUGGCUCGUGGUUCCAGGACCAUAAUUGAACCAAAGUUUCUUCCCUUAUCCACGGAUGAUGACAUUGAGCAUUUCCUGACGACGUUCGAGAGGAUGGCCCAGGUGUGUCGCUGGGCUAGAGAUGAGUGGGCGGUUCGUCUGGUCCCUUUGUUGACCGGUAAGGCCCGCACAGCCUAUGUUCUAAUGGAUAUGGCUGACUCUGAGGACUAUGAAAAAGUGAAAGAGGCAAUUCUGGCAAAAUAUGAAAUCACUGCUGAUACGUAUCGACGCCGCUUCAGAUGCCUGAAGAUUGAAGCAGAAAUAUCCGAGCAGAUAAUUCUGGAGCAGUUUUUAAGAAUGGUUAAUCCAGAGUUGGAGAUCUGGAUCCGUGAGCGCGACCCGAAGACGGCAAAAGAAGCAGCUACUCUUGCAGAGGUCUUCACGUCAGCCAGGAAGGGGAGCAAGAGCACCUAUUUUGGCCGAGAGACUCACUAUGCCCCAUCAAGUAAGUCCACUGGGGGUGAACAGGGCUCUGGUCAAAGUCAGGCUAGAAAUUUUUCUAGUUCAAAGCAGCUCCCUUCUCAAAGACCUCCUAAUGUAAAAAAGUCAUUUCACAAGUCUUCUGCGCAAGAUAUUAGAUGUUACAAUUGUAAUGGCUUUGGCCAUACGCAACAUUUUUGCCCCGCCCUUAAAUCAAAGCCAUCACUUUUGUGUUCAGUGCCAAGACCAGCUAUUGAGGCUGUGCAAAAGAAGGUUUGUACAGUUUCUGUUCUAGUGAAUGGGCAAAAAGAAGAAGCUUUGCUUGAUUCUGGGUGCUUCCAGUCUCUAGUGCAUGCUAGCUUAAUCUCUGAAGAAAAGCUAAGUGGGGUGGGGGUUAAGAUAAAAUGUGUACAUGGAGAUGAACAUGUCUACCCAAGUGCUGAGGUGUAUUUGACAGUGGGAGGUCAAACAUACUUGGUACAUGUAGCUGUAGUUCCCUCUUUGCCGUACUCCGUUAUACUUGGUAAUGAUAUCCCCACUCUUUUUGACCUGAUUCACCAACGGACGGGUUAG